AUGCGCGACCAAGGAGUAUGCGACUCGAUACCAAGAGGUUAGUAAUUAUAACAGUUUACCACUAAACUCAUCUUCAAUGUGAGCAGGUAUCAACUACAUUGUUUUUGCAAGAUGGUGAGCAAUAUGAAAGAGGAAGAGCAUAUUGCAGGGAAGCGAAUAGAGGAGAGAUGACGGAGGACUUUGUCUAAUCAAUUGAUCAUUGUAUUCAUUUAUAUAACAAUGCAUUUUUUUCAAUGUUAUUAAUGUACAGCAUGUUCACUACACAACAUGUAGUGAACUAACUACGUACAGUAGCUAGUAAAGCAGCCACACUGGUUAGCUAACUAACGUUAGCUGCUAAGUUAUUGGCUGCGCAUCUUCAUUGUAGCUAGCUAGCUAACGUUAGCUAGUCAUCCAAUUCAAUCUUGCGCUACAGGCCAUAAUGUGGGCAGCCAUGUAUCCUUACAGAAUGGCCAAGUACCUCCCAACAAAAAACAUUGCUAUGAAAAUUACAAGCAUGUUUUAUCAAUACAUGAUUUGUGUGCUAAGUAAAUGGUUGUUGUGGUUGUUAGCAAGUAGGCUAACAAGCUUGCUUGCCACAGUAGCUAGCAACGCCAAGACUUGGUUGAAUGAUUUGUUGCCAUCUCAUGAAUCAAACCCCAGUAUUUACUGAAUUAUUUCCUAUAAAACAUGUCACUGGAUGUAUGUUUACUGCGCUAUAACACACCCAUUUAAUGCCUUGGUUUAAUAGGCAAAGGUUCCUCUGGGGAGGCACACAUUGAAAUGACUGUUUUCAUUUCAUGAGUAAAUGGCUGGGACAAAAACAUUUUUUUAGUGAUCCAAUUGACAUUUUAGUCAUUUAGCAGACGCUCUUAUCCAGAGCGACUUACAAUUAGUGAGUGCAUACAUUUUUCAUACUGGCCCCCCAUAUAUCUCAGUUCAGUUUCUGCAAUCUCAUGCCUCUGUCCUUCAUUACCCUCUCUCCUUCCUUAGCCCCUCUCUUUGUGUGAGAUGGAGAGAGAGCAAUACACUUGGUCCAUGUUUGGCUCUAAUUUAUAACAUCCUAUAUUAUCCUCAUCUCUGCUUUUCACCCCCCUCCUAAACCAGCUUGGUGUCAGUGCAUUACUCUGUCUCAUUAUAUUCCACACGCAUCUAUUUAUCUACAUUAAUUCAUGCAAAGUAUAGCCUACACAUUAGGGUUGGGCUGAUAUAUGAUUAAAUCGAAUAUCGUGAUAUUUGACAUUGACGAUAUAUCGGGACGUGCAAGACUAUACUCUAUUGAAUCAAAACUGUGCAGUUUUAUCAGUUAGGCUGUAUCAAUAUGUUGAAAAUUAAGUCCAAAUGAAUGAACUAAGAUUAUUUAAUGAGAAUGUGACCAAUAUUGUAAAUCAGCCCACAAAUUGAACAGUCAGGAAUUAUUUAGUCAUUAACAGUGCAAAACGAUUUUUGGAUAUUGCGAUUUUUUGAAGUAGCAUAUUGUAGCACUCCUCAAAUAUGUCCCAACCCUACUACACAUCUGACAUGAAAUCAAAUAUUAUUUUUUUUGUCACAUUUGCUUCGUUAAACAACAGGUGUAGACUAACAGUGAUGUGCUUACUUAUGGGCCCUUCCCAACAAUGCAGAGACAAAGAAAAAAUAGAAAAGUAAUAAUAAAUACCCAAUGAGUAAUGAUAACUUGGCUAUAUACACGGGGUACCAGUACCGAGUCGAUGUGCAGGGGUACAAGGUAAUUGAGGUAUAUAUGUUCAUAUAACUAGGAAUAGAGUGACUAGGCAACAGGAUAGAUAAUAAGCAGAAGCAUAAGUGAUGAGUACAUUUUUUUGUUGUUGCAAAAAGGGUCAAUGCAGAUAGUCCGGGAGCUAUUUGGUUAACUAUUUAACCAACUAUUUAGCAGUCUUAUGGCUUGGGGUAUAAGCUGUUAAGGGUCCUGUUGGUUCCAGACUUGGUGCAUCGGUACUGCUUGCCAUGUGGUAGCAGAGAGAGCAGUCAAUGACUUGGGUGGCUGGAGUCUUUUGUAGGGCCUUCCUCUGACACCGCCUGGUAUAGAGGUCCUGGAUGGCAGGGAGCUCGGCCCCAGUCAUGUACUGGGACGUAUGCACCACCCUCUGUAGCACCUUGCAGUCGGAUGCCAAGCAGUUGCCAUACCAAGUGGUGAUGCAGCCAGUCAAGAUGCUCUCAAUGGUGCAGCUGUAUAACUUUUUGAGGAUCUUAGCGCCCACAGCAAAUCUUUUCAGCCUCCUGAGGGGGAAGAGGCGUUGUUGUUCCCUCUUUGCAACUGUUGGUGUGUGUCGACCAUGAUAGGUCCUUAGUGAUGUGGAAACCGAGGAACUUGAAGCUCUCAACCCACUCCACUACAGCACUGACGAUGUGAAUGGGGGCAUGCUCGGCCCUCUGUUUCCUGUAGUCCACAAUCAGCUCCUUUAUCUUGCUGACUUUGAGGUAGAGGUUGUUGUCCAGGCACCACACUGCCAGAUCUCUUACCUCCUCCCUAUAAGCUUUCUGAUUGUCGUCGGUGAUCAGGCCUACCACCGUCGUGUCGUCAACAAACUUAAUGAUGGUGUUGAAGUCGUGAGUGGCCACACAGCCAUGGGUAAACAGGGAGUACAGGAGGGACUAAGCAUGCACCCCUGAGGGGCCCCCGUGUUGAGGGUCAGCGUGGCAGAUAUGUUGUUGCCUACCCUCACCAGCUGGGGGUGGCCCGUCAGGAAUUCCAGGAUCCAGUUGCAGAGGGAGGUGAGCUUGGUGGGUACUAUGGUGUUGAAUGUUGAGCUGUAGUCAAUGAACAGCAUUCUCACAUAGGUGUUCCUCUUGUCCAGGUGGGAGAGGGCAGUGUGGAUUGCUAUAGAGAUUGUGUCAUCUGUGGAUCUGUUGGGGCGGUAUGCGAAUUGGAGUGGGUCUGGGAUGAUGGUCUUGAUGUGAGCCUGUCAAAGCAUUUCAUGGCUACAGAUGUGAGUGCUACGGGCGAUAGUCAUUUAGAGAGGUUACUUUGGCGUUCUUGGGCACAGGGACUAUGGUGGUCUGCUUGAAACAUGUAGGUAUUACAGACUGGGUCAGGGAGAGGUUGAAAAUGUCAGUGAAAACACUUGCCAGCUGGUCAGCGCAUGCUCUGAGUACGCGUCCUGGUAAUCCGUCUGGCCUUGAAUGUUAACCUGUUUUAAAUGUCUUACUCACAUUGGCUACAGAGAGAGUGAUCACACAGUCAUCUGGAACAGCUGGUGCUUUCAUGCAUGGUUCAGUGUUGCUUGCUUCAAAGCAAGCAUAGAAGGCAUUUAGCUUGUCUGGUAGGCUUGCGUCACUGGGCAGCUCACGGCUGGGUUUCCCUUUGUAAUCCGUGAUAGUUUGCAAGCCCUGCCACAUCUGACGAGCGUCAGAGCUGGUGUUGUAGGAUUCGAUCUUAGUCAUGUAUUGACACUUUGCCUGUUUCAUGGCUCGUCGGAGGUUGUAGCGGGAUUUCUUAUGAGCGUCCGGAUUAGUGUCCCGCUCCUUGAAAGCAGCAGCUCUAGCCUUUAGCUCAGUGCGGACGUUGCUUGUAAAUCAUUGCUUCUGGUUGGGAUAUGUACGUACUGUCACUGUGGGGACAACGUUGUCGAUGCACUUAUUAAUGAAGCCGGUGACUGAUGUGGUACUCAAUGACCUCGGAUGAAUCCCGGAACAUAUUCCAGUCUGUGCUAGCAAAACUCAUGCUGGACGGGAGCAGAUGACAUGCACCCCUUGAAUCGCUGGUCUUUAAAAUCCAGACACUGCACUCCGCAAUGCCCCAAAAGUCCAAAAAAGCCUUCUGAAUUCUAUCCGAAGGGAAUCACUUUUCGUUGUGUAUUACUCGUUAACAGGCAAAAUAUGCCUAACCCUCGUGUAAUUGUACAGUAGAUAGGCCUGUACAGUUCUGUUUCCUAUAGGUUUUUAAAUAAGCACUAUGCCUUUAAGCACCAUCCAGAGGUUGUGGCACCAACAUUAAAGUUGGCCUCUUAAACAAAUGUCCACGAUCUAAUGAUGCAUCAUGGGACCAUUAGACAUUUCAAAGCCUAUUCUCUCAGCCUAAAAUAUAUCUGUUUAGUUGCCCACGCAAUGCAAUUUGAACCUCCCAAAACACCUCAAUAUCCUCAGUCACUCAUGAUGCAAUAAUUAUCUUCCUGACCAGUCUCUUUGUUUAGGCAGGAACCACAUUCUUGUUUACAGAAGAGAAGACCCAGGGCCUCAGUGCCUUAGCCAUGGGCUCUUUGAUCCUGGCUGUUCGAGGAAAUUUAGGAAUCACCUGUACUAGUUCCUAGAGUGAAGGGGCGAGGUGGGAUUCGUUGGUACAAGAAACAAUAUCUGUUAAGUUCCCAAGGCUUUGUGUUCUAAGUUAUGCAACUAGCUUGGGGCUUGUCACAUGGGCUUGGGCUAAGAGUAAACCAACCCUAUUUUUAUUAGAGGCCUUGGAAUGCGGAGAUUCCAUACACUCCCUGCAGUAUGUGCCCUGUUGGAUUUGAUAACAUGGGGGUAAGGAGCAUAGACCAUGCGCUAUAGCUAUAGCCUGUCAGCACUUAUGGUGUCUGUCUGAGGAGUAGUCUACAGAGCAGACAGGCCUCCUGUUGCCCACUAGUGUUUGCACUGUCAGUCUUUCUCUCUGUCUGGCAUGCGUGUUCAGUAUGUUCACUGAAUAAGCUCUUGUCCCUUCUCCUCUUUCCUUCUCUUUAGCUAUCCUGCUGUCUUUGGAGCACACUCCAGUUUGUGUAUGUUCAUGAACUGUUUGUCCUCCCUCCCAUAUGACAUGAGGGGAUAUCCAGAUUGUGGUGCUUAUCUGUAUUUGCAGUGUAUAUUUCUGCUAACCUGUCUAAUUUUCUUCAGUUACUGCAGUGGGGAUGUCUGGAUGUUAACCUGUCUCCUGUUUUCCAGUUGACUGUAGUGUAUGUAAAGUUUGUGUUGACCUCUCUCCUCAGUUGACUGCAGAGGGGAUGUCAGACAGUAUAUGGUAUAGGCUGUAGCUGCAUAUGUAGUGCAUAAGACUGUCUGUUAUGUACAGUGCAUUCAGGAAGUAUUCAGACCCCUUCACUUCUUCCACAUUUUGUUACAUUACAGCCUUAUUCUAAAGUGGAUAAAAUAGUUUUUCCCCCCCCUAUCAAUCUACACACAAUGCCCCUAAUGACAAAGCAAAAACAGGUUUUAGGAAUGUUUGCUAAUUUAUAAACAUUUUAAAAAACGGAACUAUUAUAUUUACGCAAGUCUUCAGACCCUUUACUCAGUACUUUGUUGAAGCACCUUUGGCAGCGAUUACAGCCUUGAGUCUUAUUGGGUAUGAUGCUACAAGCUUGGCACACCUGUAUUUGGGGAGUUUCUCCCAUUUUUCUCUGUAGAUCCUCUCAAGCUCUGUCAGGUCGGAUGGGGUGCAUCGCUGCACAGCUAUUUUCAGGUCUCUCCAGAGAUGUUUGAUCGGGUUCAAGUCCGAGCUCUAGCUGGGCCACUCAAGGACAUUCAGAGACUUGUCCCGAAGCCACUCCUGCGUUGUCUUGGCUGUGUGCUUAGGGUCAUUGUCCUGUUGGAAGGUGAACCUUCGCCCCAUUCUGAGGUCCUGAGCACUCUGAAGCAGGUUUUCAUUAAGGAUCUCUAUCUAUACUUUGCGCCAUUCAUCUUUCCCUCGAUCCUGACUAGUCUCCCAGUCCCUGCCGCUGAAAAACAUUCCCACAGCAUGAUGCUGCCACCACCAUGCUUCGCCGUAGGGAUGGCCAAAGAGUUCAAGAUUUGUUUAAUCAGACCAGAGAAUCUUGUUUCUCGUGGUCUGAGAGUCCUUUAGAUGCCUUUUGGCAAAUUCCAAGCGGGCUGUAAUGUGCCUUUUACUGAGGACUGGCUUCCGUCUGGCCACAAAGGCCUGAUUGGUAAAGUGCUGCAGAGAUGGUUGUCCUUCUGGAAGGUUUUCCCAUCUCCACAGAGGAACUCUGUCAGAGUGACCAUUGGGUUCUUGGUCACCUCCCUGACCAAGGCCCUUCUCCCCCGAUUGCUCAGUUUGGCCGGGCGGCCAGCUCUAGGAAGAGUCUUGGUGGUUUCAAACGUCUUCCAUUUAAGAAUGAUGGAGGCCACUGUGUUCUUGGGGACCUUCAAUGCUGCAGACAUUUUUUGGUACCCUUCCCCAGAUCUGUUCCUCGACACAAUCCUGUCUCAGAUCUUUACGGACAAUUCCUUCGACAUGCACUGUCAACUGCGGGACCUUAUAUAGACAGUUGUGUGCCUUUCCAAAUCAUGUCCAAUCAAUUGAAUUUACCACAGUUGGACUCCAAUCAAAUUGUAGAAACAUCUCAAGGAUGAUCAAUGGAAACAGGAUUCAUCUGAGCUCAAUUUUGAGUCUCAUAGCAAAGGGUCUUAAUACCUAAGGUAUCUGUUUAUUAUUUUUAAUACAUUUGCAAAAAUGUCUAAAAACCUGUUUUCGCUUUGUCAUUAUGGGGUAUUGUGUGUAGAGUGAGAUUAUAUUUUUUAAAAAGUUUUAGAAUAAGGCUGUAAUGUAACAAAACAUUUAUGUUUACCUGUAUCUCUUUUUUUUCUCUCCAGUGGGGAGGUCUGACUGCAGGCAUCUAGUAUAUGUAGUGUAUAUUUGUAUUGACCUUUGUUUCUCUCCUCUCCCCAGUUGACUGCAGAGGGAAUGUCAGGCAGUAAGGCUCUGGGAGGGGCACGGCGGCGGCGGACGCGGUGCCGGCGCUGUCAGGCCUGCAUGCGGACAGAGUGCGGCGAGUGCCACUUCUGCAAGGACAUGAAAAAGUUUGGCGGGCCCGGAAGGAUGAAGCAGUCCUGUCUGCUCCGACAGUGCACAGCGGUAAGUUAGAACGCACACUAGUGAUGGGGGGAGAAAUCGAUAGUUGCAUAUCACAAUAUUAUUUUUGAGGAUAUACUGUAUCGUUUUUACAAUAUUGCAAUAUUAUUCUGCGCUAGUUGGGUGUACCUGUACCAAAACUCCAGUAUUUAUCCUUCAUAGUUUGUUCUCUAUCUUCUUUUUAAAUAGGCAGCCAAUUUGUUUUCAGCCAUUUUCUAUUUCCAUGACUGAUCAAAACUUGUUUUCUCAUGGCUCUCUCUUGUCCCUCUGCAGUAGACAUAUGGUGAGCAAUAUGUUUGAACAUCGAAUCGCAAUAAAAUCACAGGAUCGAAUUGCAAUACAUAUAUAAUUGUGAGAAUCGCGUAACAUGUCGUAUCAGCACCAAAUAUCGUAUUGCGAGGUCCCUGGCAAUUCCUUAGCCCUAACACACACUGCUCAUUUUUGCCAUUUUCAUAUACUCCGCUGUUUGCACCUCACACACACUUGCAUCGUUACCAAUAUUAUUGUACUCUCACUUGGAAAAGUGCAACUGCUCUAUUACAUCUGAAAGUAAAUGCAUUAGUAAAUGUAUAAAUUGUACAACCGAUGCCAUUUUCUAGAUAGGCUGGAACAUCUGGCACUAACCUUUGGAACAUGCACAGGACAUACAGUGCAUUCGGAAAGUAUUCAGACCCCUUACCUUUUUCCACAUUUUGUUAUGUUACCGCCUUAUUCUAAAAUUGAUUAAAUACGUUUUUCUCCUCAUCAAUCUACACACAAUACCCCAUAAUGACAAAGCGAAAACAGGUUUUUAGACAUUUUUGCAAAUGUAUUAAAAAUAAUAAACAGAUACCUUAGGUAUUAAGACCCUUUGCUAUGAGACUCAAAAUUGAGCUCAGAUGAAUCCUGUUUCCAUUGAUCAUCCUUGAGAUGUUUCUACAAUUUGAUUGGAGUCCAACUGUGGUAAAUUCAAUUGAUUGGACAUGAUUUGGAAAGGCACACAACUGUCUAUAUAAGGUCCCGCAGUUGACAGUGCAUGUCGAAGGAAUUGUCCGUAAAGAUCUGAGACAGGAUUGUGUCGAGGAACAGAUCUGGGGAAGGGUACCAAAAAAUGUCUGCAGCAUUGAAGGUCCCCAAGAACACAGUGGCCUCCAUCAUUCUUAAAUGGAAGACGUUUGAAACCACCAAGACUCUUCCUAGAGCUGGCCGCCCGGCCAAACUGAGCAAUCGGGGGAGAAGGGCCUUGGUCAGGGAGGUGACCAAUAACCCGAUGGUCACUCUGACAGAACUCCAGAGUUCCUCUGUGGAGAUGGGAGAACCUUCCAGAAGGAAAACCAUCUCUGAAGUACUCCACCAAUCAGGCCUUUAUGGUAGAGUGGCCAGACGGAAGCCACUCUUCAGUAAAAGGCACAUGACAGCCCGCUUGGAGUUUGCCAUAAGGCACCUAAAGGACUCUGACUAUGAGAAACAAGAUUCUCUGGUCUGAUGAAACCAAGAUUGACAUUUUUGGUCUGAAUGCCAAGCGUCACGUCUGGAGGAAACCUGGCACCAUCUCUACGGUGAAGCGUGGUGGUGGCAGCAUCAUGCUGUGGGGAUGUUUUUAGGGGACAGGGAGACUAGUCAGGAUCGAGGGAAAGAUAAACGGUGCAAAGUACAGAGAGAUCCUUGAUGAAAACCUGCUCCAGAACGCUCAGGACCUCAGAAUGGGGCAAAUGUUCACCUUCCAACAGGACAACGACCCUAAGCACACAGCCAAGACGACGCAGGAGUGGCUUCGGGACAAGUCUCUGAAUGUCCUUGAGUGGCCCAGCCAGAGCCCGGACUUGAACCCGAUCUGACAUCUCUGGAGAGACCUGAAAAUAGCUGUGCAGCAACGCUCCCAAUCCAAUCUGACAGAGCUUGAGAGGAUCUGCAGAGAAGAAUUGGAGAAACUCCACAAAUACAGGUGUGCCAAGCUUGUAGCGUCAUACCCAAGAAGACUUGAGGCUGUAAUCGCUGCCAAAGUUGCUUCAACAAAGUACUGAGUAAAGGGUCUGAAUACUUAUGUAAAUAUGAUAUUUCAGUUUAUUUUUAAUACAGUUGCAAAAAAAUUCUAAACCUGUAUUUGCUUUGUCAUUAUGGGGUAUUGUGUGUAGAUUGAUGAGGGGGAAAAAAAACAAUUUAAUCAAUUUUAGAAUAAGGCUGUAACAUAACAAAAUGUGGAAAAGUCAAGGGGUCUGAAUACUUUCCGAAUGCAAUGUAUGCUUGCUUUUGUCAUUUUCUAUCUAUAAUGAUAUUUGAUUGGCAUCGGUAUAUAGAGCACAUUGCCUAACCUAUAGCCUAAUUAACCUCAGUAUCAAAUAUUGUAAUUUAUCCACGCAAGACUGAAGUUAAGGUUGUUUUUCCUGUUACACAAACCGUCCACCCUGCCAAACAAUAAACACGUGAAGAAAGGAGUCUCCACAUACACUGCUAACAUGUUGUGACCCGCGUCUUUUCCCGAACGUGAAAGGACGAGCUUUAAGAGCUUUUGGUAUAUCCCUCACACUCAUUGAGAUCCCAUCUAAACCGAAACCACUGUUUAGACUGGAAUAUAAACUCUUAUGUUUUUCAUGAUUUACAAUCGAUUGCCAUAACCCAUUGAUGACGACAGUUACAGUGCCUAAAGAAAUUAUUCAUACCCCUUGAUUUACAUAAAUAUGCACACCCAUUUGACACUCAGGUGCAUCCAAUUUCCUUUGAUCAUCCUUUAUGUCACUACAACUUGAUUGGAGUCCACCUGUGGCCAAUUCAAUUGUUUGGACAUGAUUUAAAAGAAAAACACCUGUCUAUAUAAGGUCCCACAGUUGACAGUGCAUGUCCGAGCAGAAACUAUACCAUGAAGUCAGAGGAACUGUCCGUAGAUCUCUGAGAUAUAAUUGUAAUGAUGCAUAUAUCUGGGGAAGGGUAUAAAACAAUUUCUAGAGUGUUGAAAGUUUCCAAGAGCACAUUGGUGGGAAAAAUAUAUGGAACUACCCAGACUCUGCCUAGAGGUGGCCAUCCAACCAAACUAAGCAACCAGGCAAGAAGGACCUUUGGUCAGGGAGGUGAACAAGAACCCAUUGACCACUGACAGAACUACAAAAUUCCUUGGCUGAGAUGGGAGAACCUGCCAGAAGGAAAGCAGUCUUAGAUGUGCUUUUGUAUGUACAGUGCCUUGCAAGUAUUAAUCUCCCUUGGGAUCCAUUUUAAAUUCCAGGUUGUAAGGCAACAGAAGAGGAAAAAUGCCAAGGGGGGUGAAUACUUUCGCAAGCCACUGUAUGCUGCAUGUCUUUUUCUUUUUUGAUUCUAUGGAACUCAGGACUCCCUGGAAAACAGUGGCAAUUGUUACGGAGUGGACUAUCCUGGCUAAAUAAAUUAAAAUGAAUGAAAAAAAAUGAGUCUCAACAGCACUUCACCAAUCUGGGCUUUAUGGGAGAGUGGCCAGACGGAAGCCACUCCUGAGAAAUAGGCAAAUGACGGCACACCUGGAGUUUGCAAAAAGGCUCUGAGAUCAUAAGGCCAAAGAUUCUGUGGUCUGAUGAGACAAACAUUUUACUUUGGCCUGAAUGCACAGCACUAUGUCUGGAGAAAACCAGGCACCGCUCCAUCACCUGUCUAACACCAUCCCUACCUUGAAGUAUGGUGGUGGCAGCAUCAUGGUAUGUGGAUGCUUUUCAGCGGCAGGGACUGGGAGACUGGUAACGAUAGGGAACAAUGAGUGGAGCCAAAUACAGGCAAAUGAGAACAUGCUUUAGAGUGCAAAUUACCUUAGACUGGGGUGAAGAUUAACGUUCCAACAGGACAAUGACCCCAAGCAUACAGCCAAAGCAACGCUGGAAUGGCUUCAGAACAAGAAUGUGAAAGUCCUUGAGUGGUUCCAGCCAAAGCCCAGACUUGAAUCCCAUUUUGAAAAUCUGUGGAAAGACUUGAAGAUUGCUGUUCACCACUGAUCCGUAUCUAAUUUAACAGAGCUUGAGAAAAUCUGCAAGGAAGAAUGGGAGAAAAUCCCCAAAUCCAGAUGUGCAAAGCUGAUACAGACAUACCCAAGAUGACUCAAAGCUGUAAUCGCCGCCAAAUGUGCUUCUAUUGACUCAGGGGUGUGAAUACUUAUGUAAAUUAAUUUUCUGUAUUUAAUUUUCAAUAAAUUAGCAAUUUUCUACAAACAUGCUUUCACUUUUUCAUUAUGAGGGUAUUGUGUGUAGAUUGGUGAAAGAGGAAAAAAAUUAUUUUGAAUUCAGGCUGUAACACAACAAUAUGGAAUAAGUCAAGGGGAAUUAAUACUUUCUGAAGGCACUGUAUGACAUAUCAACUGUUUGCUGCUUACAUUCUGCAAAUCAGCCCCUCUGGUUUAGCAAAGCUGUUUCAGAGAGCGAUUGUCAUCAAAAUAGAGUAGUCAUCCCCUGCAUGAAAAUGGAUAAGCUUGUUUGAACGCCUUAAAUGAUUCGGAGUGAUUUUUAUUGAUUGGUUUGCGAAUGCUUAAAAUGGCGUAGAUGGCUGGUAGCUUAGAUGUUGGAAAUGUGAUGCGUUUCCUUGGUAACUGAGCACAUUGUUACUUGGGUGUUUUUUUUGUUAUUGUUUGGAGGGUAGUAAUUUGCUUUGAUCAGUUAUGUUUUCUAGACAGAUAGCUGGGAGACUGUGAUCUUGUGGGGAAGGAAGGAAAUUAGGUUGGAUGGCUACAGAGAUACUAAUCCACAGAAUCUGUGCAGAAUGAAGACCUACUCUCAUAUUAAUGCCUAAUAAUUUGUCAAUGGAUCUAGGAUAGAUUCUGUUGACCUCAUAUGUGAGUAAUUUUCACCUCAGUACAGUUUUUUAUUUUUUUGAUACUGUCAAAAUUCCACUGUUGGCAGGUUAUUGAAAAUGUUGAGCUGGACAUCUGGGGUAAUGUGUCAAAGAAAAUAAACCUAAUAUAUUCAGUGCUCUGUCCCUGUGCUUCUGAAAAAGCACUCCUCCCUCUACCUCUUUUUUUGAAGCGGCAGGCAAAUAUCUCUAAAUUAAUGCAUUUGCUUUCAUCCACACACUCUCAAUUAGCUAGGUCCUCAUAAGAGCAGCAGGUGUCCAAUUUUUUUUUUCUGAGCUUCAAUUUGGAUACAUAAUAAAUGUACCACCCAUAGUGAAUGAGUACAUAGUUACAGCUCCACAUCUGAGCCCUCUAUCCUGAACGGACCCACAUACAAUAUUUGAUUUAUGUAGAUAUACACAUUUAUAUUGGUUACGCACAUAUAAUAUUAGAUUUAUAUUGAAUAAAUACAGGCCUACAUUCCAAACCUAAUGUGUAUAUUACAUUGUUUAACAUGGUUAUGUAACAUGGUUAUGUUUUUAUUUUCUUCCCUGCAGCCUGUGUUGCCCCACACGGCAGUGUGCUUCUCGUGUGGGGAGGCGGGGAAGGAGGACACGGUGGACACGGAAGAAGAGAAGUUUAGCCUCUCUCUGAUGGAGUGUACCAUCUGCAACGAGAUCAUCCACCCCAGCUGCCUCAAGGUGGGGCCAGACCCUCCAUGUGUAUGGCCGGCUGUCAUAGCUGGAGAAGUAGUGUGUGAGAGCGAGAGAGAGACACUCUUCCAUUCAUACUUUAAGUCAAAUGUCUGCUCUAUCUAGUAUUGGUUACAUACAUUUAUUGAUUGAAUGAUGAUUGUGAUUUCAUUGUUUAUUUUCUCCAAACUACAGAUGGGUAAAGCAGAAGGCAUCAUAAACGAUGAAAUCCCGAAUUGUUGGGAGUGUCCAAAAUGCCACAAGGAAGGCAAGACCAGUAAGGUGAGAACAGUGACUGGGAACACUGGUCUGUCAGGCUCUGCUGAUAAAACUAAACCAGAGAGGGUCACAAUGGACUAUCUAUGAUGUAUGGAUUAAUCAAUAAUGGUUGAUAUGGUAGGAGGAUCGAUUUGUAAUGGGAUGGAAUACGUUCUUCCUUACAGAUAAUUUGUGUAAAUAAGCUCUUAAAUUGGAAUAUAAUUUUGUGUUUCAUUGACCCUAUCCCCAUUUCAUAUACUGUGGUAGGCUAUUACAUAUACAGUGCAUUCGGAAAAUAUUCAACCCCUUGACUUUUUCCACAUUUGCGUUACAGCAAAUGUGGAUGGGUGGUCCUCUGUAGCUCAGCUGGUAGAGCACGGCGCUUGUAACGCCAAGGUAGUGGGUUCGAUCCCCGGGACCACCCAUACACAAAAAUGUAUGCACGCAUGACUGUAAGUCGCUUUGAAUAAAAGCGUCUGCUAAAUGGCUUAUUAUUAUUAUUAUUAUUAUUAUUAUUAUUCUAAAAUUGAUGACAUUUUUUCCCCUCAUCAAUCUACACACAAUACUCCGUUAUAAAGCAAAAACAGGUUUCCAUUUUUUUUUAAACUGAAAUAUCGCAUUUACAUAAGUAUUCAGACCCUUUACUCAGUACUUUGUUGAAGAACCUUGGCAGCGAUUACAGCCUCGUUUUCUUGGAUAUGACGCUACAAGCUUGGCACACCUGUAUUUGGGGAGUUUCUCUCAUUCUUCUCUGCAGAUCCUCUCAAGCUCUGUCAGGUUGGAUGGGGAGGGUCGCUGCACAGCUAUUUUCAGGUCUCUCCAGAUAUGUUCGAUCGGGUUCGAGUCCGGGCUCUGGCUGGGCCACUCAAGGACAUUCAGAGACUUGUCCUACUCCUGUGUUGUCUUUGCUGUGUGCUUAGGGUCGUUGUCCUGUUGGAAGGUGAACCUUUACCACAGUCUGAGGUCCUGAGCGCUCUGGAGCAGGUUUUCAUCAACGAUCUCUCUGUACUUUGCUCUGUUCAUCUUUCCAUCGAGCCUGACUAGUCUCCCUGCCGCUGAAAAACAUCCCCACAGCAUGAUGCUGCCUCCACCAUGCUUCACCGUAGGGAUGGUGCCAGGUUUCUUCCAGACGUGAUGCUUGGCAUUCAGGCCAAAUAAUUCAAUUUUGGUUUCAUCAGAUCAGAGAAUCUUGUUUCUCAUGGUCUGAGAGUCCUUUAGGUGCCUUUUGGCAAACUCCAAGCGGCUUUCAUGUGCCUUUUACUGAGGAGUGGCUUCCGUCUGGCCACUCUAUUAUAAAGGCCUGAUUGGUGGAGUGCUGCAGAUAUGGUUGUCCUUCUGGAAGGUUCUCCCUGUCAGAGUGACCAUCGGGUUCUUGGUCACCUCCCUGACCAGGGCCCUUCUCCCCCGAUUGCUCAGUUUGGCCGGGCGGCCAGCUCUAGGAAGAGUCUUGGUGGUUCAAAACUUCUUCCAUUUAAGAAUGAUGGAGGCCACUGUGUGUUCUUGGGGACCUUCAAUGCUGCAGAAAUGUUUGUGCCUCAACACAAUCCUAUCUCGAAGCUCUACGGACAAUUCCUUCAACCUCAUGGCUUGGUUUUUGCUCUGACAAGCACUGUCAACUGUGGGACCUUAUAUAGACAGGUGUGUGCCUUUCCAAAUAAUGUCCAAUCAAUCGAAUUUACCACAGGUGGACCAAUCAAGUUGUAGAAACAUCUCAAGGAUGAUCAAUGCACCUGAGCUCAAUUUCGAGUCUCAUAGUUACUUAUGUAAAUAAGGUAUUUAUAAUACAUUUGCUAAAACUUUAAAAAAAAACGGUUUUUGCUUUGUGAUUGUGGGGUAUUGUGUAGAUUUAGGGGAAAACAAUAAUUUAAUCAAUACUAGAAUAAGGCUGUAACGUAACAAAAGUUGGAAAAGGGGAAGGGAUCUGAAUACAUUCCGAAUGCACUGUACAUAUUCUUAAAUCCUCCUCUCCUUUCUCCACACAUCAGGACGGGGGUGAUGGCUCAGGGAAGAGGCGGAUGGACAACGGGGAGGUGGGCCGAUGGAAGCUGACGGACGAUCCUCCGCCCACCAAAAAGAAACCCCCCUCCUCUUUAGAGGACGGGGGACGGCAGGAUGGUCACAAGAGGAAGAAGGAGAAGGAGCUGCCCCAGGACAGCGGCCCCAAAAAGAAGGUAGGAAGAUCUUUGUGAAGUGUUGCAGUAUGCAAACAUUUAGCAAUGCACACUGAGUAUACCAAACAUUAGGAACAACUUCCCGAUAUUGAGUUGGGGGCAUGGACUCUACAAGGGGCAGAAAGCCUUCCACAGGGAUGCUGGCCCAUGUUGACUCCAAUGCUUCCCACAGUUGUGUCAAGUUGGCUGGAUGUCUUUUGGGUGGUGGACCAUUCUUGAUACACACGGGACACUGUUGAGUGUGAAAAACCCAGCAGCGUUGCAGUUCUUGGCACAAACCAGUGCGCCUGGCACCUACUACCAUACCCCGUUCAAAGGCACUUAAAUCCUUUGUCUUGCCCAUUCAACCUCUGAAUGGCACACAUACACAAUCCCUGUCCCAAUUGUCUCAAGGCUUAAAAAUACUUAUUUAACCUGUCUCCUCUUUAUCUACACUGAUUUGAAGUGAAUUUAACAAGUGACGUCAAUAAGGGAUCAUAGCUUUCACCUGGAUUCACCUGGUCAGUCUAUAUCAUGGAAAGAGCAGGUGUACUUAAUGUUGUGUAUACUCAGUGUAUAGUUGGUAAGUUGCCUACUAGUUGUGACAAGUUGCUAUGAACACAGCUUGCCAACUCUUGUCUCUGUCUGACCUUCUCCCUCAGAUGAAAGGGGCUCAUGAAAAACGCUUGAAAAAGGUAAUUCUUCAUAUGAACAUAAAGUUUUAUAUUUGAAAAACUAAGAAGCUCUGUCAUAAAGCAUAUGGUAACUAAGAGCUGGAUUCAAUCUGUAUCGCUGACGAUCCCCGUAAAAAUGUUAAGGUAAUUUCUGAUUGAGCCGACAUCUGCAGUGUCUCUGCGAAUGCUUGAACAUUGCUUUUAAAUUUCAAUCGAGCGAUAACGCGGAUGUUCCGGGAUACGGACUGAAUCCAGCCCUUAGCUGAGUUGAAGUUAUAUUUCUCAAUGGUAAAGGUUAGGGUUCAUGCUCCUCUUUCACUCUCUUCACUAACGUUACCCCUCCCAUGACAGAAACAGAAGCCCAACGUGUCAGAGACUGCAGAGUCCAAUGGGCCCAACUCCUCCACCGGAGGCGGCCAGGGUUCCGGAGGGGGUUCCAACUCCACGCAGUCCCCCACCUCCACGGCCAGCCAGGACCAGCGCUCGCACCACCGCGAGAAAUUGGAGCGCUUCAAGCAAAUGUGCCAGCUCCUUGAGCGUGUCCGCGAGUCCAGUUCAUCGAGCUCGUCUACUUCCGAGUCCGACUCGGAGUCCGACUCUGACUCGCCUUCCGGUUCAGAUGGCCGCCGCGGCUCUGAACCCUCCUCCCCCGCACCCGUCGCUUAUAGCAACAGUGCCAGGGAGCGCAACCGGGAACGGGAUAGAGAGAGGGACAGGAGGCUGGCGGAGCUGGGCUUCAGUGCCAGUGAGGACUCUGAGGGAGAGGGAAGUGUUAAGGAGGAGGAGGAGGCGGUGGAGGAGCAGGUUGUGGGAGACAAGCCCCGGCGUAGGGGGGAGGGACCUCCACGGGGCCGCAAGGGGCUCACGACGGACGGGUAAUGACGAGGAGAGCGGGGAGAGGAGUCGGAAGUCUACCCCAUUGCCUCCACCCUCCCCUCUCUCCUCCACCCAGCCUCCACCUUCCUCCGGCCACGGCCCCUCGCCAGGUUCCGAGGGCUUCUCCGGUAAGCGCAGCAACGGCUCUGAGACGCGCAAUGGACGGACACGGGCGGGGGUGAGGGACCGAGAGACUCAGGAGAAGGAGAACGCCAACAACAGCAGCAGCGGCGGAGGCUCGGUGGCCAACCACCGACACGGAACUGGCAAGGGUAACAAGGGCAACAAGAUCCGUAGCAACAAGCAAUCAGGGUCCCAACCAACGUCGAGGAACAGUAGCAACUCUUCCGCUUCUACUGCCACUACCACAUCCAACGGGGGAGGGGAGGGCCUGCUGGGCCCAGGCAGCAACUCCUCAGGGGGCAUGUCAGCCCUCGCCGCCUCACCCCGGUCACAGCCGUCCCGGAUGGCUCCACGCUCGCAGAUGAUGAAACGCAGCCCCCCUGCUGUGCCCUCGCCUCCCCGGCCUGUGCAGAUGGAGCGGCACCUGGUGCGGCCACCGCCAGCCUGCCCCGAGCCCCACUGCCUGCCCCUGGACAGCGGCUCCUCCCACGUGAUGCCCCGCGACGUCUGGCUCCGCGUCUUCCAGCACCUCAGCCAGAGGGAGCUGUGCGUCUGCAUGAGGGUCUGUCGGACAUGGAGCCGGUGGUAAGUCUAGACAAAAGGUUCAGAUGGGGUCAGCAUCCGGUUGGGCUGGAAGGGGGUGGUUCAACACAAACUUGUUUGGACUACUAAGAGAUUCAUCUUUCAUGUUGAGAACAAUAGAAACCAUCCCUGGAAGGAUAUUCAUUGACUGCAGUGGCUCACAUUCUAUAGUGUACAGUAGACCAGACUUUUUCUUUAAUUCUCAUCCCAGUCUUUUAUUUUCUGUCUUGCUCUCUCAGGUGCUGUGAUAAGAGAUUGUGGACUCAGAUUGACCUUAGCCGGCAGCGCUCCAUCACCCCUCCUAUGCUGAGUGGUAUAAUCCGCAGGCAACCAGUCUCCCUUAACCUGGGCUAUACCAACAUCUCGAAGAAGCAGCUCAUGUGGCUCAUCAACCGUCUACAAGGUAUCUUGCGUUCAUUCAACACCUCUGCCUCCCUACCACGUCUUUUUUCCAUCAAUAUAGCCUGAUCAUGUCCUAUUGUAGUUGGGCUGUCGUCACCUCAUUGCCGUAUUGCUAGUCUGCCUCAGGGGUUAUGCUAACUCCUGGCCUUCCUCUUCCUCUCCCAGGUCUACUGGAGCUGAAUGUGUCGGGCUGUCCCUGGUCCUCUGUGUCGGCCCUGUGUCAGGCUGCUUGUCCCUGCCUACGUCUGCUCGACCUCAGCCGGGUAGAAGACAUGAAGGACUCGCACCUGAGGGAGCUACUGGCGCCCCCUGCUGACACUCGGACAGGUUAGUGACAAGUCUCACACGAUGAUUGAUUAGGCAUCCAUAACCUGCAAUACACUAUGGAAGGUUAGAUGCAAUGUGGUGUUCAUUGGAUAGACUUGAUAUCACAAAUGCCAAUCUGUAAACUGUACUGUCAUGCUUGUCUCCAGUGAAUGUUGUUGCAAGUGAACAACCACUCCCUUUUUCAUAGUGCAUAAGCAUGAUAAACACACAGACUGUGAAUCUAAAGUCCUGUAACAUGUUUUGCUUUGUUCUUGGUCCAAAAGCUCAUGGAGAGAGCAGAGGGGGGCGGUUCCAGAACGUAACGGAGCUGCGAUUGGCCGGGCUGGACUUGACAGAUGUCACGUCCCGCCUGUUGGUGCGCUACCUGCCCCACUUGACCAAGCUGGACCUGAGUCAGUGUGGCAAUAUCACGGACCAGACCAUCCACACACUGACCUCCCCCAUGUCUCCACUGAAGGACAGCCUCACCCACCUAAACCUGGCAGGUAAAGACUACACGUUAGACUCACUAGCCCCAAAUACACCAAGGUUGGUACCCUGUUUUUUUAAAUUUAUUUUGUGUGUAUUUGAGUAUUGCAGGUUAUCAGACCACUGAUGAGCAGGGAUCUGCUCCAGAUACUGACUUCUUCCUUCUGAGAUGUUUAAUCAUGCUAAAGUAGCAACAUGCAUAGAUACUUGCUCUCCUAUUUCCCAACGAUAUCAACCUGGCUCCUGGUUCAAAUAUUUAAUCCAGGUCUACUCAUGGAAGUGUUGCAGUCAUUGUGGUUAUGUAGGUUGACUGUUGGUUGUCAUCCUCCUGUUGUUUCCUCCUGUCCGCAGGCUGUGUGAAGGUGACGGAGCAGUGCCUGCCCCUGUUACGCCGCUGUGCCUCCCUGCAGAGCGCUGACCUGCGCUCCUGCACCUUGCUCACUCCCGAUGCCUGUCAGCUCCUCUCCUUCCCUUGCCCUGACGAUAGAGUGCUGCUCAAGAACAGCUAAGGGCCUGCGACACCCUCCUCCCUGCCACCUUCCCCCACAACAACCACCGCCACACUACAGAGAGAUAGAGAAGAGGGCCACUGCGUUGUGGGCAGUGAGCCAGCCACUGAGGGAAAAGGACAUGGAGUGGGAGCCACGAAAGAGAAAGGGGGGGAAUGAGAGAACCAUAGACCUUUUGCCUACAUUUCUCUGGAUUGACUUGUUUGUGAACGGACAUCUUUGAAAAUGUUUUAGCAUGUACAUAUUCAAUAUCUGUAAAAUGGGUGUGUGUAUAUAAAUGUAGUUUACUGUAAAUUACCCACUCCCCGCCCCUUCCCUCCCUCAUUCUACCUUCACACCAACCAUGGAACACAUUAUCCAGCCGACAUGUGUAAAGGCACUGCACUGCGCCACCAUCUUGAACUAGCAUAAUUUGCACUCCAUAAUCAAUUUCCUCUUUCGUGGUGUCAGACUACGAAGAAUGUACCCAAUGCCAGAGGUUGCGCCCCAUCGGAAUCCGUUUAAUGUACAGAUGGAUGCUGGGCUGGUGUUGGUGUGUGUAUGUGUGUCUUUGUAAGUAUGUGUGAGAGAUGUAAACAGUGUUUAACUAUGACAAUUGGAGCGAGAAAGAGAUGGAGAUACGACAAAUGUCCGUCACCUUUACCACUAAGCUCUCUGCUGCCCUCAAUCUUUCUGGGGGGGGGGGGUAAGGACAUUCAAGGUCCUACAUAUCCUGUUCAAUGGCCGACAGCCACCAGAGCCCAAAACUCCUAGCCCUGACCACAACCCCUUAUUUUCCUCUUGUCCAGCCGUAUUAUGUGCCAUCUGUCCGCUCUCUUCCCGCCCAACGUGCCAUUCUUAUGUGGUCUGUCCAUCUUUGUGAAUCUGAUUGUCCUACCCUUCCCAUCACACUCCUCCUCUUUACGCCCUGUCUCUCUGCUGCCAUGGCCCUUUUGCAGCUUGUGCUGCCCAGCGUCUGUGCUGUGUGCGUACAUUAUGCAGAGAGCUGGGCCUUGCUGUGUCCGACUGCAAUGAACCAUGCUUACCGUACUGUUCCAUACCAGACCUGGAAUUCGCCAAGGCUCCUUUCUUCCCUGCUUCACGAUGCCUGGCUGAUGUAACAUUAUCUUGUAGAUGUGCAGACAGGUUCAGUCUAGAUCACUACCGCACGAACUUAAGAGUGAAUGACUGACACGUUUUGAGUAUGAAUUGGGAAAACCGUGUCGAUAAGAAAGACCGUCCGUUGCACUGCGCUCGCUGCUCCACGUGGCAGGGGGGAUUCAAACGAAGGCUGACCCUGGUUGGACUUCUGCCUCAGAUGUGAGGGACUUGGAAGAUUUCCCCAGAAUUGGGUUUUCAUGUCAGUGUCCACAUGCUGCGUGUCUUCCAAAGCCAGGAAACAUCCCAGCCCAUCCAACCUGCCUUGCAGUGUCAUUACCUUUAAAGGUCUUGUAGGAUGAGGGUUUGAUUGACACAGUUGCAGCAUUUCCCCAAAUCGUUUCUCCAUUAGGGUACCUCUGUGCAUGCUGGGUUUUGACUAUAAUCACAAAUCCAGUGCAGUAUUUUAUUCAGGCUGAACUUUUUUAACCAAUCCAGUUGAGGACAACGUCAACAGUCAGUUUAUCCUUUUCCUGCUCACCCUAUCAUUAUUAAUAAUGGAUGUUAUCGGUUGAAACCAGCACGUACAGGAGGUCGUUCAGACCAGAGCCCAAGCUGUAUUGAAUUUGGUUGAGCUGGAAAUGUACAGACUUGAGCUGUAUUGAAUUAACAUGAGCAGUAUUUGACAUGCGUAAACGGUAUUCAGCUGAAUCGGGCUGCAUUGGACCAGUUCAGACAGUAGCUAUCGGACUGAUCUGGACUGAUAGGGCCAGUUCAUUCAGUAUUGGACUGGACAGCACUUUGUCCUGCAAUGCUGGACUCAACCAUACCAGGUUGGGUCAAGUGUUUUCCCCUGUCUGUCUGUAUGUCUCUCCUUCUAAAGCGGUUGUCCACUUCCUGAGCCAUGUUGAUCUGUAUUUGUGCUUCAGUGCCACAGUGGAUCUUACUGCUGUGUGCUAUCUGUAGCUAAACCCCACCAACUGUAGGCAGGUUGGUGGACGGUCUUAAGCCUCAAUCUGUAACUCAUCUAAAUCAUGUGUUUCUGUAUCCUUUCAACUAUUCUGUUUGACUUUCAGUGAUUCCAUCCUCAUCGGUUCUGUUUCAAUUCCCAAUACCAUUAUUAGAACUCAAAUCAGCUUCCUUUGGGUAUACAUGUAGAGCUAGAGACCUGCCAAGUAAAGAUUGAGCGACUAGACAAAUGGUAGUUGUCCCAAUGCAUUCAGUUGUACAACUGACUAGGU